AUGUCUGCUCACAAGACUUUCAUACUCAAGCAAUUCCCAGCCAAGAAACAAAAGCAAAAUCGUUCUAUUCCUCAAUGGGUUCGAAUGAAAACUGGUAACAAAAUCAGGUCCAACUCCAAGAGAAGACACUGGAAAAUGAAGCUGGGUCUGUGA